GUGUGUAAACAUUGAUUUGUUAAUUAAAGUUACACUUACUAAAUACAAUAAUUCAAGUUGUAUUAGAGUCAUAAAUUGAAUGAUCUUAAUAAUUUGCGUUGUUUGAAAAGUUCACAAACUGUAAUUAUACUUGUUUUUGGGGUGAUAACUAACUAUAACUAUAUUUAAUACAACUGACAAGCGACUCGUUUAAAAAAAAUAAAAGCUUUUCAGCCACAUUAUAAGAUACACUCGCAGAGGGCAGAGCAAACACUUUAAACGACUAAAAUGCAGACAGUCAUUAAAAACCCGAACUGGUGGCGCCGGCGCACAACUUUGGAGCGAUGCCUUACCCUUUUCAGCAUCCUUUUGGCCAUAGCAACAAUUGUUCUGGCCUUGGGUCUGGGCUAUGCUCUGCUCCAUGAAAAGGUGACCGAUGAGCCUGCUCCGGCCAGUCCAAAACCAUCAAUGACGCCUGCCGAGGCUUUACAUGGAGACAGCACGGUUUUAAACAAAGUGCCUGCAGCUGAUGGAAAGUCAUUGGCCGGGGGCAAGGGCGCUGCCGAUGACGUGUGCUUCAGCAAGGAGUGCGUCCAUACGGCCUCGAAUGUGCUCAGCCGAAUGAAGCCGGAGGUGGAGCCGUGCGAUGACUUUUACGAAUUUGCAUGCGGCACUUAUAUGGAGGAGACAAACAUUCCCGAUGACAAGGUCUCGGUAAACACCUUCUCGGUUAUAUCGGACAAGUUGCAGGAACAAUUGAAGGACAUCAUAACAGAGGAACGACCCAUGACAGAGCCCAAGCACUUCCGUUUGCCCAACUCUCUGUACAAGGCCUGCAUGAACAAAACGCUGAUCGAGAGUCUGGGCACCGAUCCUAUCGUGAAGAUUGCUGAGUCGCUUGGGGGCUGGCCAUUGCUCAAGGGCGACAGCUGGAAUGCCGACAACACCUGGACCUGGCAGGAGCAAGUCAAGAAAUUCAGACGUUUGGGUUUCAGCAUGGACUACAUUAUUGAUUUCUCGAUCGGCGUGGACUUUAAGAAUAGCACCGUCCGCAUUAUAGACUUGGAUCAAUCCUCAUUGGCCCUCAGCCGCGAAUACUUAGUGAAGGGUUUCAACGAAACGUUGGUUAGCGCCUACUACGACUAUAUGGUGGACAUAGCUGUUCUCUUUGGCGCGAAUAAGGAGCAAGCCAAGAAGGAGUUGCUGGAGUCGCUGGAAUUUGAAAUCGCGCUCGCAAAUAUUUCGUGGCCCAAUGAGAAGCGUCGCAAUUCCUCAGAGCUUUACAACCUCCGAUCCACACAGCAGCUUCAGCAAUCCUAUCCGUACGUCCAAUGGGUAGACUAUAUUAAUGCGCUGCUGCCCGAAGGCCUGCAGAUUACCGAGGACGAGCCGAUCAAUCUGUCAGUGCCGAGCUUCUUCGACGACCUCGGCAAACUGUUGGCCAAAACACCGAGCCGUGUGAUUGCCAACUACAUGAUGUGGCGCAUCCACGCCUUCUCCGUGGGCUUCCUCACCGACGAGUUCCGGAAACGUCAGCUGCAAUACGCCACAGCUUUGUCGGGAAGGCAGGAGCAGGAGGCACGUUGGAAGGAGUGUGUGGACAUCGUCACUGGCAGCGAAUAUGAUGAGCUCGAAUACGAAGAUAGCCUUGCCAUAUCCGUGGGCUCGCUGUAUGUGCGCAAGCACUUCAAUCAGGAUUCCAAGGCCAUCGCAUUGGAGAUGGUGAACAAUAUUCGCGGCGUCUUUAAUGACAUUCUGGACGAGGUCAACUGGAUGGAUGGCAAGACGAAGACGGAGGCAAAGGAGAAGCUUCACCGCAUGGCCACUCACAUUGGAUAUCCGGACGAGAUGCUGGAUAAUGAGAAGCUUGCCAAAUACUAUGAUAAGCUUGAAGUCAACCCUGACAAAUACUUCGAAUCCUUCCUGGGCAUGAACGUCUUUGGCACCGAUUAUUCCUUCAACAAGUUGCGUCUCCCCGUGAACAAAACCGAAUGGGUCCGUCAUGCCCGACCAGCCAUUGUGAAUGCCUUCUACUCUUCGAUAGAGAACAGUAUCCAAUUUCCGGCAGGCAUAUUGCAGGGACACUUCUUCAGCGCUCAGCGGCCCAAGUAUAUGAACUAUGGCGCCAUUGGGUAUGUCAUUGGACACGAGAUAACCCACGGCUUCGAUGAUCAGGGCCGUCAAUUUGAUGUGAAGGGCAAUUUGCGUGAUUGGUGGCAGCCGGAUACACAGAAGGCCUACUUGGAGAAGGCCAAAUGCAUUAUCGAACAGUACGGCAACUAUACGGAUCGGGCGACUGGACUGAAUCUAAAUGGUAUUAACACCCAAGGUGAGAAUAUUGCCGAUAACGGAGGCGUAAAGGAAUCCUACAUUGCUUAUCGGCGCUGGACUGAGAAGAAUGGCUCAGAGCCGAAGCUGCCGGGUCUGGAAUACACGCCCGAGCAAAUGUUCUGGAUCUCAGCUGGUCAGACAUGGUGUGCCAAAUAUCGCAAAGAAUCUUUGAAGAUGCGCAUCACCACUGGUGUGCACUCUCCCUCUCAGUUCCGGGUCCUGGGCUCGCUGAGUAAUAUGAAGGACUUUGCCAAGGACUUCCAGUGUCCCGACGGCUCACCCAUGAAUCCAGUUAAGAAGUGUGAGGUUUGGUAAGCCGCUAAGUCCGGCUUUUUGUGCUACCUGCAUUCCCCCUCCACCGUUCUCACUCUCUCUCCCUGUUGUGUUUAAGUUUUAGUUGUAAUUUAACAAACUUUUGCGUUAAUUACUUAGUAAAUGAGAACAAAAAAUUAGUUUAAAAAAGAGAAACUCAUAGAAGUGACCGAUUCCCCAAAACUUAAUGGCUGAUAAUGCCUCUGGAAAAGUUUGGCACAAGAACGAUAUUGGAAUGGAUAUUUACAUCAAGUAUUAGGUACCUAUAUGUAUGUAUGUAUGUGUAUGUAUGUUAUUUACAUUAUGUAUGUAUAUGUACUUGUGUAAUUAGAAAUGCAAGAAUUUAAAGUAAUUAAUGCAAUAAAUAUCUUUUUGUGAAC